GCUUUCCCCCCAGUCAUGUUGCCGCUCGUUGUGCCGUUCAUCUUGGCCUGCCUGAGCCACACUGAUGCAUUCACUUGGAGAUCUCCCGUUUCGUGGCAUCAUGAUGCGAGGCGGUCUGCGGCGCGGCCUCUGCAGGCGUCUCUGCGGGGGUUGCAGCAGAUCGAUGCCACGCUGAGGCUCAAAGAGGGGGUCCAGGAGGUGCUCACGGACCUCCUUUCUCAGGAGAAGAUGACCAGCGAGGUACGAGGGAGGCACAUGGUGGGUCACACAUCCUUAAGAUGAGAUGCGCAAUUUUUUUGGAUGUGAGCGUUUCCUUCCCUCAGGUGUGCCAGGUGACAACGGCUGAGUCGGCAGAGUUCACCGGUGGGCACUUACACACAGCAGCGAACUCUCGCGGACAGAUCUUCCGUUGGUUGCCUCUCAUGUGUUCUUGAUUGAGGUAUUCAGGACUGCUGUUUGAGCCUCAGCCAUACAGCAUAUCGACUCGCCACGGGAUGCCGCAGGAGAUGGAGCACUACCAUUUCGACCCAUCCUACGCCAUCGUCACCGUCCCCGCCACCAUUAUGUUCAAGGCCAAGUGCCUCAGCCCAUCACGACUGUGUGCCGUCUUCAAGGUCAGCGAGUGUGUCUUAAAACAGGAGGGGAGCAAGCGAUUGAUUGAUUGUGGGUCUCUGGGUGCAGGUGUCUGGCGUGAAGGACCUCAGCAAGGUGACGCCAAAGACUUCUUCGCUAUCGUCGCUUGAGCAGCCUCCUGCGACAGCCGGACAAGACAGGAAGGUGGUUGAUGUUGAUGAGAGUGACAGUGGUGGGUUGCCAUGGGCGUCUGACGAGGGGGACGAGGCCUUGCUUGAUGAUCUUACCGUGCCCUACACGGUGAAAUGAGGAGGGCGGGCUGAUUGACGGCAGAAUGCAUUUAUGUAGUACGUACG